UGAAAGCGCGAAAAAUCAAAUGAAAAAAUUAAACUAAACCCUUCCAUUGCUGUGUUCUUGCAGUGUUAGGGUUUAACUUUCUUCUUUUCUUCUUUGCUGUUCUCUCCUCCAACAAUGGCCGAUAUCAGUUCCGUCGAUGCUUCUUUGUGGUGGGACUCAUUCACGGUGCUCCUCACAGAGCUUGAGAAUUCCUCUCUGUCCUCAGAUCUCCCACCGAACUUGGCGAAGAAGUUGAAGGACAACCAUGCCUGGUUCGUGGAUACACUCUCGCGCUUCAAACCGCCCAAUCAGAGUUCCAAGAAAGCUCUGAAUUCAAAAACGUUGAAAAUUGGAUCUCACCAGCUCACUGUUCAGCCUCACCUGAAAGAUAAAGCGUUACAGAUCAGUUCCAUACUGCUACUAGACGAGGUCCAAUCAUACAUUUUUGUUGAAAGGUCCAUCAAACAUAACGAUGCAGUUGCUGAUUCCAUGGCUCCGGAGUUUCUUCACAUGAUGUUAAUUCAAUAUUACAAGGAGCGACAGUGCUUGCUAAAGUGUAUCAGGUGGAUUCUCAUGCAUGCUAUACAUAAUGGUCCUGUGUCUGAAGAUAAUACUAUGAAGGAGGAGGCAAGAAAAUUGUUUCAUGAUGGUCUUGAAAGUAAAUUAAUAUCAUUCUUUGACAAUCUUCUGUCCUGUAGCUACCCAGAACAAAUGGAUGUUGAGCUUUUUACACUGUGGGCUGAGGAGACUCUAAUCGAAGACAACUUGGUUUUAGACAUCCUUUUCCUGGCAUAUUAUGACUCAUUUUGUACCUGUAGCGGGGAAAUCUGGAAGAAGUUUGGUUCUCUUUACAAGGGGAUCUUAGCUGGUGAUUAUAACUUGGGAAAGCUAGCAAUUACUACAGAAACACAACAAUUGUCUUAUCAUGCUAAAGUUCAGCUGCUGCUUAUUUUAAUUGAAACACUGAACCUGGAGAAUAUUCUUCAAAUGGUUCAUGAUGAAGUACCAUAUAGGAAAGGCGUGUCUACUUUUUCCAUGACCGAUGUCCAAGAGAUGGAUGCACUAGUUUCUACUUUCAAUGCUUUUGAAAUGAAUGAAGCUGGUCCUCUAGUUCUAGCUUGGGCAGUAUUUCUCUAUCUGCUCUUGACACUUCUGGAAAAAGAUGAAAACAAUGAGCUAAUGGAGAUUGAUCACAUUAGUUAUGUCCGUCAAGCCUAUGAAGCUGGAUCCUUGCGUUAUUGUCUUGAAAUUCUGGAAUGUGACAUUUUGAAAGAUUAUGAUGGCCCAAUGUCUGGAUAUCGCAGUGUUUUGAGGACAUUCAUUUCUGCAUUCAUUGCAUCUUAUGAAAUCAACCUUCAGCCUGAUGAUGGUAACCCGACUCUAAUACUGGACAUUCUAUGCAAGAUUUAUCGUGGAGAGGAAUCGUUAUGUAUUCAGUUUUGGGACAAGGAAAGUUUUAUUGAUGGUCCAAUUCGGUCUCUUCUUUGCAACCUAGAGAGUGAGUUCCCUUUCAGGACUGCUGAACUUGUUCAACUCCUGUCAUCCCUUGGUGAAGGAACUUGGCCUGCGGAGUGUGUGUAUAACUUUCUAAAUAGGUCUGUUGGUAUAUCAUCUUUGUUUGAAGUUUAUGGUGAUUCACAGAUAGUUGAAGCACAACAGGUAGUGCAAGUUCCCGGGGUUCAAGGUUUCUUUAUUCCGGCUGGAACUCGUGGUCGUGUCUUGAGAGUUGUUGGAGAGAAUACUGCCCUUGUACGAUGGGAGUAUUCAUCAUCUGGAAUAUUCGUAUUACUCUUACAUUUGGCCCAAGAAAUGUAUUUGGAUAACAAGGAUGAAGUUUCUUUUAUACUUGAUCUGCUUAGUAGAUUGGUGUCCUUUAAUACUGGUAUUUGCUUUGCUGUGAUGGACAUCAGCAACUCUUUGCAAUUUGAUGCUGUUGGUUUGGUGAAUGAGCAGGUUGAAAAGAGGGUCUGGGUGGUUGAAAUAAUUUGCAAUUUAAUUAAAAAGCUGCCUCUGAAUUCCGGUGGUGCUGCACUUAUGUCAAUGGGUAUCAAGAUUUUAUCCGUUAUGUUGAUUUGUUCUCCAUCUAACGUUGCAGUGGCUACUCUAAAUGCAAACCUGUUUGACAUGACUUUGCAGACACCUAUGUUCAAUGUAGGCAGUAAUGGCUUAUCAAGCGGGUCAUGGUUGCUUUCUUCUAAACUGGCUAGGAUGCUUUCAAUUGACUGUGAGCAAAACAGUAAUGACUGCCCCUUGGCAAUAUCAGUGCUGGACUUCACCAUACGGCUUGUAGAAACAGGAGUAGAGCAUGAUGAUCUGCUGGCGUUGAUCAUAUUCUCUUUGCAGUAUGUUCUAGUCAAUCACGAAUAUUGGAAAUACAAGAUGAAGCAUAUUAGAUGGAAAAUAACACUUAAGGUGCUUGAAUUGAUGAAAAAAUGCAUUUCAUCAACGCCUAAUUAUGGAAAAAUGGGUGAGAUCAUACGCAAUGUGUUAUUCUCUGAUUCUUCCAUCCAUAACACAUUAUUCCAAGUUGUUUGCACUACUUCACAUGCUUUGGAGAAAUUGCAUAUAAGCCGCAUCUUUGAUCCAAUGGAAAUUGAAGGAUUACAGCUUGCUAUAAGUUCUGUUUUAGACAUUCUUUCCGUCAUGUUGACCAAACUUUCUAAGGAUACUUCAUUGAACUUUCCAGUUUUUCUCCAAGCAGUGUUCUCUUGCACGACCAAACCAGUCCCCGUUGUCACUUCUGUUUUGUCCCUGAUUUCAUACUUUCAAGAUCCGGCCAUCCAAUAUGGAGCUGUUAGGUUUAUUUCAAUGUUAUUUGCCAUAGCAGAUUGUAUUCAACCAUUUUCAUAUGGAAUCUCAUGCUUCGUUCCUGAUAAUGAGAUCAUGGAUUUGAGACAAUCUCUGAGCUACAUACUUCUGGAGCAAUCAGUGUCAAAUGAAGAUCUAUUUGUUGCUACCGUAAAUCUGUUUACUUCUGCUGCACAUUACCAGCCUUCUUUCAUUGUUGCUAUAUUUGCUCCUGAGGAGAACACCAAAGACCACUUGAGCAUUGGUAAUGCAAAGCUGCAAAAAGAAGAAACCUCUCCUAUACAUGCAGUUUCUAGAAAACCAAGUCUUAUUGAUGCACUUGUGCACUAUAUUGAAAGGGCGGAUGAUCUGAUCAAGAGCAAUCCCCGCAUACUGCUUUGUGUACUUAACUUCAUGAUUGCCUUAUGGCAAGGGGCUCCCCUAUAUGCCAAUCUCUUGGAGUCCUUAAGAAGGCAUGGAAAGUUCUGGGAACACUUAGCUAAUGCAAUCUCAAAUAUUGCUAGCAGUGGAAUUUCCUCGCCCACAAGUGUGAAAGAAAAAGAUGCUUUCAAUCUGGCAUAUACUUUCCAUUGUCAGUCUUCGAUACUAGGAAUCAUGGCAUAUGAACUAUUCUUGCAGAGAAAGUUGUUUCAUGCAGAGUCAACUGUGAAGGAUGCAGCAGAAUCUAAGGAGAAGGAGCAAAAUGUCACAAGAACUGAGAAAUCUAAAGCCACGAAUCUUCAUGAUCUUAAUGGAAUCUGGUCUUCAUUGUUCAAUGAUUCCAUGUUAGAGAAACUAAUAAAGUCAUACACUUCUUAUGGAUAUAAUAAUGAUAUAUAUAAUGGUGCAAAGGUCGCCACCAGUUUAUUCUCUGUUCAUGUGAUGAUGAAAUUAGCAGUUUGCGACUCUGGAAGUUUAUCUGUGUUAUUGCUUCAGAAGAUUCAUGAAAUUCUGGCUAAGUUGAGCAUUCAUCCUGCUUUUUCUGAAUUGCUGUCUCAGUAUUCACAACGUGGUUACAGUGAAGGUAAGGAACUAAAGAAAUUGAUACUCAGUGACCUCUAUUAUCAUUUGCAAGGAGAGCUUGAAGGGAGAAAAAUUGGUAUUGGACCGUUCAAAGAAUUAUCUCAGUAUCUUGUCGAAUCAAAUUUUUUGGGAUCCUAUCAACACCAGUUCAAUAAAGAUGCUUUUACAAAGAAUAUGUUUACGAAGAAUGUAUACUUGUUUGACCUUGCCCACUUGCGAGAAGAUUUGAGAUUAGAUGUGUGGGAUUGUAACAAUUGGAGAACAUCCAAGGAGGUUGCAGAAGUCAUGUUACGUUUCCUGCAGGAUGCAAACUCAGUCAUGUUGCUUUCAAGUUCAAAGCUUUCUGCAUUAAAAGGACUGAUAGCUGUUUUGGCUGUCAACCAUGAUCCACAAGGGAGGGCUACUGCUGGAGGGAGGAUCUCAGAUGAACUCACAUUCACUUUCAUGGAUAAUAUAUGCCAAUCUUUCCUUUCUAACAUGGAGAUAUUAUCAUCUGUUCUUGAUGCCUCCGAGGAUAUUCUCAAUUUUCUUGCAUGUGAAGUAGAACUAAUCUUCCAGUUGACUAGAACUGUCAGUAAAAGCCUCUCGCUAGAUGUAUCCCUACUUGUUUUGAAAUGUGCUAGUUCGGGUCUUAGAGUGUUGGGUUCACUUAAGCCGGCACCUUCUGAGGUUAAUGUGAUCAUGAAACUUUUACUCACAUUACUGCUUUCAGUAUUACAGUCCAACUCCCUUAAUGCACAUUCAGGUGUAGUAACCAAGGACAAUUCUGGUGAGGACUUAUCAAAGGUUUCAAAUGCAACCCUGGGACUACUACCCAUUCUUUGCAACUGCGUUAUGACUUCUGAUCAUUGCAUGCUAUCCCUGUCAGUCAUGGAUUUAAUACUGAGAAGCUUCUUGACACCCAGGACUUGGUUACCUGUCCUGCAGAAUCAUCUCCAAUUGCCAGUAGUUAUGCUUAAACUCCACGAUAGAAGUUCAACUUCUAUUCCAGUAAUAAUGAAGUUCUUUUUGACCCUUGCACGAGUUAGAGGAGGUGCUGAAAUGCUUUAUUGUUCUGGCUUUUUGUCAUCUGUGAGAGUGUUAUUUGCUGAAUCUGGUGAGGAUUUGUCGAGCAUUAGUGAGAAUCUUGGGGGCUCAUGCGAGAAGUUUGUAAUACCCCAGGAUAUCUGGGGGCUUGGAUUAGCUGUGGUUACAGCUAUUGUUAAAUCCUUGGGAGACAGUUCUUCUGGAACUGCUAUUGUGGAUAGUAUGAUACCUUACUUUUUUUCAGAGAAAGCUCGUUUUAUCUUUAAUUCUCUAAAUGCCCCAGACUUUCCUUCUGAUGAUCGUGACAAGAAAAGACCUCGAGCACAGAGGGCAUUUAUAUCUUUAGCUACUCUUAAAGAAACAGAACAUACUUUAAUGCUCAUGUGUGAGCUAGCAAAACAUUGGAAUUCGUGGAUUAAGGCAAUAAGAAAUGUGGAUAGACAGCUUAGAGAGAAGUGUAUCCAUCUUUUAGCCUUCAUUAGCAGGGGAUCUCAACGCCUUGGUGAAUUGUCAAGCAGGAAUGCCCCACUUUUAUGUCCACCUACCCUGAAAGAAGAUUUUGAAAUUUCCUCAAAACCUUCCUUUGUGAGUAGCAAAAAUGGAUGGUUUGCUCUUUCCCCACUUGGAUGUGUGCCAAAAGCAAAGAUCUCUUCUUUCUCAACCGCUUCUACCAAUGGCCAAGCAACUGAGAGCACUGAUCUUAUUCCGAAAACGUGCUUCUCUGAUACUGUAGCCCUGCAGGUAUAUAGAAUAGGAUUUCUUCUUUUAAAGUUUCUCUGUUUACAAACUGAGGGUGCUGCUAAAAGGGCUGAGGAGGUUGGGUUUGUUGAUCUUGCACAUUUUCCUGAGCUGCCAAUGCCAGAAAUCUUGCAUGGAUUACAGGAUCAAGCUAUUGCCAUUACUACGGAACUCUGUCAAGCCAACAAACAAAAGGUCUCUCCAGAAAUACAGGAUGUUUGCAACUUACUGAUGCAAAUACUUGAAAUGGCCUUGCACUUGGAACUUUGUGUUCUACAAAUUUGUCGCAUAAGACCUGUAUUGGGGCGUGUGGAGGAUUUCUCAAAGGAAGCAAAAUCUCUGUUUAGUGCACUGGAGGGUCAUGCUUUUCUAAAAGCAUCUCGCAACUCUCUGAAACAGAUGAUAUCGUGUGUCUAUCCUGGAUUGCUGCAAGCAGAGAAUUUCAUAUGAGAUUUGAUGUAGACAAAAGAGCACAUUAUUUAUUGUACAGAAUUUCAUAGUGCCAAUUAGUCAGUCUUCUUACUAUGUAGCUAGGUAUUCCUUGUGUUUGGUUCAUAAUUGAAUUUUUUUUCUGACCGUUCUUUGUGCUCUGCAUAUUUAUAUCCUUUUCUUUUUUAGGAGAAAAGGUUGUCGCCACUCAUCAACAUGGUGAUAAUUCGUCGUAGUGUGUGUUGUAUGAUUGUCGGUAGAAAAUGAAUUCUUUAGGGAGGGUCCCUGCACCGUGCCACGGUGAGUCGGUGAUUAUUUAUGCCCAA